AUGAGCUCAUCGUCACAAUCGCUGCAUGCCCGCUACGGGAAGAUUCACCACACAACUACCCGUGAAUCGGCGCCGCCUCCCAGGCCACCUCCUCUGAGGACCAUCCAAAAUGUGCCCAGCUUUGGAGACUACUACGACAUGGGCAAGGAAGUCAUGCCUUCAACGCAUAGGUACAUGAAGGUGAACUUUGCAGUCCGAAAGUCGGACAAACAAGAGGUAGUGGUGAAAGUGCGCUUCAAGCCCAGCUGCUUCAGGAGCAGACAGGAUGAGAAGAAGUGGCGGCAGAACACCGAGUUCUUGCUAAACUUGCCUCAGAACCUCGGCGUAGCAAAGAUUUACGAGGUUAUGGAGGACCCCACGGCCUUUUACAUAGUCAUGGAGAAGGUUGGUGGUCUUGACCUUUUCGAGACUCUCGAGCAGAUGCGGAAGAUUCCCGUGGCCACUACCCGGGAGAUCAUGCGUCAGCUGUUGGAGUCGCUGGUGUUUUUGCAUUCGCGCGGUGCUGUGCAUAAGGAUUUAAAGUUGGAGAACGUGAUGCUCGAUGCUGGCGGCGAAGGCAAACCUUCGAAGUCAAGCUUACCCGCACAAGCGGUGAAGGUGAUCGACUUCGAUACCCUGGAAUCAUGGUGCCCCUCAAAUGCCUCAGCCAAGGAUGUGGUUGGCACCGACCAAUACAUAUCCCAGGAAGCCUAUGCCGGCAAGUACUCCCCCCUCUCGGACAUCUUUGCCUGCGGGGUGAUUCUGUACAGACUGUUGACAGGAAAGUUUCCGUUUCACGACGAUAUGUUCGAUGAUGAGGCUGGCGAGAACUGGGUCGGCAGCCCCAAGAUGGCCCAAAUUCGGCGAAGGCUGAAAGUGGCCAAGGUGGACUUCUCCAAGGAGGUUUUCCAAGAAAACAGCGAAGCUGGUGACCUCGUCAUGCGCAUGCUUGCGUACCAAGAAAACCAGAGACCUACCGCCUCCGCGGCGUUAGAACAUCCGUGGUUCCAGGACUCUCGUGCAGCUCCACAGCUGCCGCCCUACAUCCAGGAGCUGGUGGACGAUGGCAUUGUCGUUGGCGAGGCAUAG